ACCCCCGACAGCCUCCCAUUUCGCUAUCUAUUUCUCUCUGUCUCCAUUUCUCAUCUCUCCGCUACAUCUCUCGGGAUAUAUAAAUAUCAGAUCGCAGAAAGCUCCGAAUAAGAAACUUGAUUGCUGCUCCUGUCUUGAUACCCACACCCAAUGGAGUGCCACGACCACGAAGACUCCCCCAAAUCCGCGCAAACCCCAUUCCCACCAUCCACCGCCACUUCUACCUGCUGCAAAUGCGGCGGUCCCACCACCUUCGCACCACCGCCACCGUUCUCCGAAAUCAGCCCUCCACCGAUCUACCGCCCCAUCCGCGCUCCGGCGAUCAACCUGCCCCCAAACAACCCUUCACAGCAGGCCAUAAUCCUCGCCCCCGUUCCCCAGUCCCAAAAAGUCCCACUCGUCUCCCCUCCCUACCACUUCCAAGUCCCCAACAAAAGAAUCCAAUCCCCCAACGACAUCCGCCGCUUCCAAGAAUCUGAUUCCGGCAAGAACUUCCUCGGUUUCAUCGUCGCCCUCUCCGAGUCGAUCCGCUCCCGCAAAUUCUCAGACCCAUGCCACGUGUCCCCCGCAAUCAGCUCCAUCGUCUCCACCCUCGAAACCCUAAUUCGCUGGAUCGACGAAAUCCCUCCGCUCCAGCAAGCAUCUCGCUACGGUAACCUCUCUUACCGAGCGUGGCAUGACCGCCUCACCGAGAGCAGCGAGUCCUUGAUGCUUAAUUUUCUUCCCGAUGAUCUCAAUUCCGCCACGAUCGAGCUUGUCCCGUACUUCACCGACAGUUUUGGGAACUCGAGUCGCAUUGACUAUGGUACCGGCCACGAGACCAACUUCGCCGCUUGGUUGUACUGCAUAACUCGGUUGGGGCUUAUCAUGGAGGAGGAUUACCAAGCAGUGGUGGCUAGGGUUUUCGUGAAGUAUCUCGAAUUAAUGAGGAAGUUGCAAUUGGUUUAUUGCCUGGAGCCUGCGGGUUCGCACGGGGUUUGGGGCCUCGACGACUAUCAUUUCCUACCGUUUAUCUUCGGGUCGUCACAGCUGAUCGAUCACAAGUACAUGAAGCCCAAGUCGAUUCAUAAUCAGGACAUACUGGAUAAUUUUUCGAAUGAGUAUCUUUACCUUGCGUGCAUUGCGUUUGUUAAGAAGGUGAAGAAGGGUUUGUUCGCGGAGCACUCGCCGUUGUUGGAUGAUAUAAGCGGAGUGCCUACUUGGAAAAAGGUCAAUAGCGGGUUACUGAAGAUGUAUAAGGUGGAGGUCUUGGAGAAGGUCCCUAUCAUGCAGCAUUUUCUAUUUGGAUCACUUAUCAAAUGGGAGUAGCGAGUUGUUAGGCAAGUUGCUCUGGAACCAAGAAAGUUGUUAACUUGAUAUACUUUUGGGGAUAAGCCAUCCUGCAAUAGCCAAUUCUAUAGAUGUGUAGAGCAUACAAGUUUUACAGAAUCCAACUUAUAAAGAAUGUGCAGGAUCUCUCUCGGUCAGAUCACUUGAAGUUGCUACUUGCUGAAAUCAUUUUGUAAUUCAUAUGUUGUAGUUUUAUAUUUUGUAAUGUAAUGUAACGUGGAAAUAACAAAAUAGUGUAAUAUGUAGUGGAUUGCAUGUAUUUUAAUUUUUAAUUUUUAUAUAUUUUUAUUAUUAUGAAAAAUGUUAGUAUUAUGCUUUU